UCUUGCGACUGCAAUGAUGUUAGUUUUUGGAUACAGCGUAUUCACUUUGGCCUACUUCCUCAGGACACCAACAACCGAUUCUAUCUGCUUCGGACUAUAGCUAGAGUGUCGUUGAAAGCAGAUCUGCGCUUGAGGGCGACCAUUUGGGCCGAAGUCUGAAAUGCCCUCCUCCGGAUCCGUGACCAUGCAGGACAGCAUUCUUGUUUGUUUGACGUCACCGCAUCGAUGCAGACGGCCUAUUUCUAGCACCCGUUCUGAAACUCUUGCACAAUUUCGUGAAACGGAGGAGUUCAACAGCCUCAACACGAUUGUGUUAAUUGAAGUCUCGCGGGUUGUGCUGUUGAUACUGCCCGUGGGGGAGAUAUGGAGUCGGGCUCCUCGCCUUCGGACCUCGUAUGAAGAGAUUUCUGGAUCGAGUUGCUCCUUUCAAGCGCAGUAUCUUGCCAUUUUAGCCCCUGCCACGAACUCUGCGGCGACGGACUCACGGAAGAUCACUGGCCGCUCGAUCGUCCCUUGCAUCGCGAAAUGUCGAACCCACCCAGUGAGGUUGUCAAUUUCGGUAGCCGCCAGGUUAUGGCUGCGAACACCGUGUCUGGGAUUGCUGCUAGGGAUUUUGGGAGGGUCGCUUGCUUGUAAUGAGUCGACGAGUCGAUGAUCUAAGAUUGGUCGUGACCUGGAAGAUUCGGUUCUUCAGCUAGUUGUCGAAAAUGGUUCUCUUGUCUCUGGCUCAUUGACUAUAUCUGUUGGUAUUUCCUCUCCCUGAGUGUCGUACUGCUCUGUAUCCCAACGACUUCGUCGAUUCAUGUCAUUUUGAGAGGGGGCUGCAAAAAGAAGCGAGUGUAAACAGCUAAUUUCCUUGUCGUGGGAUGCAUUUGAAACAUUCCAGACCCCUGUUUGCUUGAAACAUCU